CCCCACAUGUGUGAGUCCACUGGUGCAGAAUGAGCUCCUCUAUCACCUACAUUAAGAAGCUGAUCAGGAAAGGGAGCCUGGCGGAUUCUUUUUCCCGACGAAAACCAGCUGACAAGAGCUACUUAAAACACAAAGAGGGACGGAGACACACGUUGGUGCAAACUCAGAUAAAACACCAGAGCCAUGACUCCAAAAGGGAAAGUGUCAUCGUGUCAAAGAAAGAGGCUGAAGCAUUCGGGUUUGAGAUCAGGACUUAUAAUGAGAAGAACAUGACCAGCAGUGACGAGGACGUGUUAACCUGCAUUUGUUCAGUGAGGGAGAGCAGUCCAGCAGAGACAGCAGGUUUAAGGACAGGGGAUGUCAUUAUGAGUGUGAAUGGCAUAUGUGUGGAGGGCUUUGAACACGAGCAGAUUGUUGACCUGAUUCAAACCUCCUGCCUUCUAAAGAUGGAGAUUCUAAGGGGGACUACAGUGAAACAAAAAGAGCUCCAAAAGAAAUUAAAUCACCUAGAGUGGCAGCUGAACGAAAAGUGGGUGGAGCUGCAGAUGCUUAUCGCACAGGAAGAACGCCUCAUAAAUGGUAAUCUAAGCAGAACGCACUCUGACUCCUGCCAUUCCUCAGAGCAUCCCACCCUUCCCAUCCAACUCUCUUAACCCUUUCAAAAUCAGGGCCCUGUGAGGGCCCCUUAGGGGACAUUUUCUCCGAACUGUGCCUUCGGGAUUUUGGCAGCUCAGUCCAGGACUGUGGCUGGUGCCUACUUUUGGGGAACAUCUCAACCAACAAAAGAGGUGCCAAUCCUGGAUUACCGUUGCACCGUGAUGACCACCAAUCCGAAUGGACUUCUAAGCACCUACAGCAGAAGCUUCUUGAUUGUUCCUCACACCAGGAGGAGCAGGAUAGGCUUCAAAAGCCAAGCCUGUGAAUGUGUAAGGUGUAUGUCAGUGAUGGCAGAUCCUGUCGAUCUCAGAAACAACUAGUUUGUAUUAUAAAUCUGUGCCUUCAUAUGUUCAGAUGGACGUUUUUAACUUAUCUAUUUAUAUGUGAGUACAAAUGGUGUCUAUGUUCCAUGUUACGUGUUUGUCAAUUUAUAUGUUUAUUUAAGUCUAGAUUAUUUAUUGUUUUUUAUACUCUACAUUCUCUACAUCUGUGACCUAAUAAAAAUGCUUAUCACA